GCCAUGGUUACGGCGUCUGCCGGCCUCGAGCACCGUCGCAGGGGGCCGCCGAGAUGACCCAGUCCGUGACCGUGACGCGGCGGCAGGGCCUCGCCACGUCCCGGUACCGCAGGACAAUGGCGCCCAACCGUGCCUUCGACUUCCUCUACGAUCCAUUGUACAUGCUCUCAAGCGAGAGGGACCACGCCCAAGCCACUGUCCAUGCACAUCUGAUGAACGAUGAAAUGAAAAAGCUUCCGGUGUUCAAAGCCAUGUUUAGCAACCUGGUUCACUAUCAGCCGUACACGAUGAAGCUGGAAGAGAAAAACCCCGUCCCCCCGUUCAUCGACCGAAGGUGGAGAGGAAGAGCACAGCAGCGCCUUGAGGCUCUCCAGAAGCUUGCCCUAUCUCAGCCUUCGCUUCAGAUUCCCAGAAUUGAGUACGAAGAUCCGGAAGUCACAGGAAGGAAUCGCUGGAAGUAUUUUGAACGGCCUUUCAUUCCAUUUCAUAAGCAGGUUCCACUGAACGUUGUUUAUGCAACAGCCAAGCCAGAGCUGUAUAACCUUCACAUGAUACCCAGUGAGAAGCCUGCCUAUCUCAUCUCACAAACCGUGGGCACCCAGACUGAUUACCGGGACAGCGAAGCACAGACGGAUCCCUACAGCCCUGAAUAUGUGGUGUCUUCAGGAUCAAUCCCCGAGUUACUGACCCUCGCCACUCUGACCUGGGGUCGGGGCCUUCCAGCGACCCAGGCGGAGGUGGAGGUGAUUGAACGAGCACGGGAGAAACGGGCCUGGGAAGCGACUCUUCCGCCUCUGAGUGAUGUCGCACACAUUGCCAAGAGGAGGAGAAUGAUGGAGGAUAUGGAGAGAAAAGAGUGGGCCUUUCGGGAGGAAGAAAUAGAAGAAUUGCAAGAAGUUCGGCUGGAGCUUUUAAAGGCUCUGUUGAAGAAGCGGGAAGAGAAGCACAACGAACUGGACGUCAGCCGCUUAGAUAACCGUUGGUUUCACCUCGCGCGGGAGAAAGAAGAGAAAGUGAGAAAGAUUCUGCACGAACACACUAAAGCCAUCAGAAAAAUUAUAGCCAAGGGGAAGAACGUGGAAAGGAAACUGGAGAAGAGAGACCUGAUCAAGGAGUACACGGACUACGAAUCGCAGACCUACGCCCCUCUGUCUAGAAUCGGUUACUUCCCAGACAAUCACGCCGACCGUUUUGUAGUGAAGAAUGCCUACCUCAACACCUACGAAGGACUGCUGGAGCUGGAGGCGUCUCUCCCCGACUCCAUCACCCAGCCCCGGACGGAAGCUCCAAGGCCCCGAAGCGCCACCACUAAAGAUGGGUUUACGAAACGGAGCGCCAGGCUGGAGAUGGAACUGGCGCAAGUCUACCAGAUCCUGCAAGAGAAGAAGAUACAGGUUCAGGAAACACGGAAGCCGCUUCGUUUCCUCCAGAAGGUAUCCAAACUGGUUGGUCGUGCUGCAACCCCAUCAUUGGAAGUACCUUCACUGGUAGAGGAAGAGAGAGAGCUAGCCGUGAUCACCCUGCAGAAGUUAAUCCGAGGCAGAGCUGUCCAGAACAUGAUGUUCGAAGGGAAGGAGAAGCGCCUGGAACUGAUCCAGGAGCUGCGCACCACUCACGCUCUCCAGGAAGACGGGCAGCUCUUGAAGAAAGCGGAGAAGCAAGUGACGUUGGCCUUGCAGCGGCAGCGGGAUUUACACGAGCACAAGCUGUCCAUGAUGGAGAAGCAUCUGGCUCACGUGGAAGGAAGGACCAUUGCCAACCUGCUGGACUUCUUGUCCAAAGAGCUGAUUAGGCUCCAGGAGGAGCGGCGGAUCCACGCUUUUGCGAUGCUGGCCGAAAGGCAACGCCGGAUGCGGGAAGCAGAGGAGAGCGGACGCCGGCAAGUGGAACAGAGGCGCCGGCGGGAAGAGGAUGAGAUAUUCAAACAGGUUGUUAACAUACACCAAAGGACGGUUGACUCCUACCUGGAAGAUGUGAUCUUGAGCAGCAUGGAGACAACGGCGGACGAACAAGCCAGAGAAGAGAUUCAGAAAGUGGCCAUGGAAGUCAACGACAUUGCUUAUGAAAUGGAGAAACGCCAAACUCGCCUGCAAUCAGAAGAGAUUGUGGCCGAACUGGUUUAUCGCUUCCUGAUCCCAGAAGUGCAGAAAACGGCCAUCAAGGAGAAAGUGAGGCAGGCCCAGAGGAAACACAUCCACGCCGCCCAUCAGAUCAUCCAUGGGAGUGCACCGGCAGCCAUGGGGACGCCGUUUUCCGGAGAGGCAGCAAGCAAAACAGCGGAGGCCGGGGGCCCGAGCGCACCACCCCCAACGGUUGGCCCCCCAGACGUUCCGGAGGUGCCGGACCAUCCACCCGCCGCCACGGCUGAGCCAGACUUGCCACACAGAGAAGGACACUGCAAACACAGCCACGACCCGCACCCCAGACAGUGAGGAGGGCGGGGGCACAUAAGGUGCACUUCGCUUCCCCAUGCACCGGGCCCCAUUUGUCAAAACAGCGGCCGAGGACCGAGCUCGCACAGCUCCACUUUUCCCGACACGGCCUUCGGACUGAGCGAGGAACCGGGGAAUAGAAGGACAGCAUGUGCUUCCAUCUCGGAGAAUGUUGUCGGGAGGCAGAAAGAGAAAAAUCCUUUUCUAUUCCUCUGUUUCUUACUCGGUUGAAAAGACAUUUCACAAAAAAGCUCAGAGACCCAUUUUGCGAUAAAAACAACCCCCACAAAGUUUCU